CCUAUAGCCCAAAAGAUGCAACCAAACUUGAAAAAACUAGAAAGCUUAUCACAACUAAGGCCCUCUUCAAUUGAACCAAAGAGCAAAGAGAAUAGAAUAACAUUGCUUGCAACACAUACAAAUGAUUUUCCAGUAUCUGUGAAACGUGCUCAAGUGGUGAUGGCAGCGUCGUUUAGGUGGUUAUUGCAGCUACACAAAGACGUUCCAAGAGCAGCUCACUUCUACUCAGAAGGUUUGGGCUUCACCAUCAAUGUGUGCACUCUUCGUUGGGCCGAACUUCAAUCUGGUCCUCUCAACCUUGCACUCAUGCAAUCUCCCAAUCCCGAUGACUCAAUCACGCAGAAAGGGUACUCCUCGCAUCUAUCAUUCACUGUGACUGAUAUCAACACUACAGUGACUAAAUUAAAGGCAUUAGGAGCAGAACUAGAUGGUCCUAUUAAAUAUGAGAUUCAUGGCAAGGUUGCAGCAAUGCGCUGUAUUGAUGGGCAUGCAUUAGGCCUCUAUGAGCCAGCAUGAAAUUGGAGCUUCACUAUCAGAUCAACAAUAGCUGUACAGAGCGUGUGAAGUAAUGGACCUGAGAAAAAAAAGUGACUAUCAAUAGAAGAUUCAAGAUUGACAAGAAGGGAUUCAGAUGGCUGAUGUUUCCACAUUACUACCUGUCAUGUAAAUGGGGUAUUUUUCGUCAUCGGUAUCUCCUAGAAGUGACAGGAAAUCCUCUUUUGAUGCUUUUGCCAAGACACUUGCCCUUUUCUGCCUGCUAAUUGAAUUCUCAUCUUGUACCUUUAAUUAAAAUCCAAGGAUGUUUUCAUCACAGCAAAAUCUUUAUGAAUCAUGACAUCUUUGACAUGCAGUAAUUAGUUAUUAGUUUAUGUAUUUGAUUGCUGAA